UAUAUAUAUAUAUAAUUUAGUAGCUUUGUCAGCUAUUGCCAUAUUAGAUUCUAACUUUUCUGGGCAUUUUUGAUUGCUCAUUAUUUUAUACGAUUGUGCAUUCGCGGGACUGGUACUCUGGUACACCGACUGGUACCGGGACUGAUACAUCAUGGAUAUUACACCUUCAUAUUUACAUCAUGAUCGCUCGCAUCAAGACAUCGCACACCCGCAUAUUAGCACGAGGGAAGGAGUGAUGCGUGGCUUCGCGUAGAAGUCACCGAUUUACAUCGUGAUACUUUAUUCCAAAAGAAGACGGAAAUCCACAGAGGAAGGAAGGAGGAAAAUCGCUGAUUGAUAAUCGGCAGAUCGCAGAUUCGAAUCCGUUCGAACCUUAUCCCCCAUAUGCUUCGGAGAUUGAAAAAAAAUAUAUAUGUUAUAAAUUAUCCAUCGUAUAUAAAUAAAUGAUUACACCGUGAUAUUUUGUCUCAGAAGAGGACGGAAAUCCAUAAAGGAAAGAAGGAAGCACGGGGAAAAAGGUGUGUCGCGGAGCAAAUAGGUCGACUUGCCGCUUCUUAGAAGCGAGAAGGAGGGGAAAAGAGAAAGAAAGAGAGAGAGAGAGAGAGAAAGAGAGUUAAGGCGGUGCAGCAAGCGAGACGUAUCACAGCAAUCACAGGCGGUCGUGACACACAAAACGUGAUCACGAGGCGACGAGAGGAGCGCCGGUAAUUAUAGUAAUUAUCUAAUCAUGCCCAAUUCGUGGGUGACCAGGGAUGUUUGCGCGAAGCAAGUAGCAACGGUGACAUCGUAGCGUGAUUUUUUCUACGUGGUGUGUAUCUUCGAGAUGCUACGCGUAACUCCUUCGUCCUGCCACCGACGAGAUAUAAUUCAAGACCGGAUGGUCUUCUCGGAUUUAGCGUGAUUGGAAAAAACUCGCUGCGUGCUACUGUAGGGAGAAGCAGGAUAGAGCAAAAUGGCGAGCUCCUUAACGUGGUCGUGCUGUCUGCGUUUUAAAUUCAGCCCAGAGGAAAUCGAGCAACGAUACAAGAGUCAGGAGAUCGACCGGAUGCUGGAGAAAGAUCGUCAAACAUUUCGCCGGCAAGUUAAGUUAUUGCUGCUCGGUGCGGGCGAGAGCGGCAAGUCCACAUUCCUCAAACAGAUGCGGAUCAUACAUGGGAUCAAAUUCGAGCCUGAACUAGUUAAAGAAUAUCAACAUGUGAUCUACCAGAACAUAAUUAAAGGAAUGAAAGUUUUGGUAGAUGCUCGAGAUAAACUGAAUAUUCCCUGGGAGAAUCCUAAGAAUUAUGAUAUUGGCUUUCAAUUACUCAAGUUUGAAAAUACCAUGAUACUGGAUACUAGAUUAUUUCUACAUUAUGUACCAGCAUUACAAAGUUUAUGGAAGGAUGCAUCGAUAAGAAGAGCAUUUGAUAGGCGAAGAGAAUUUCAAUUAAGUGAUUCUGUCCAGUACUUCUUGGAUAAUCUUGAUAGGAUUGCGAGAGUGGAUUAUACACCUACACAUCAGGAUAUUUUACAUUGUAGAAAGGCAACGAAAGGAAUUUCUGAAUUUGUAAUACCAAUUAACAAUAUCCCUUUUCUCUUUGUCGAUGUUGGUGGUCAAAGAUCUCAAAGGCAAAAAUGGUACCAAUGCUUUGAUUGCGUGACUUCUAUACUCUUUCUUGUAUCAUCAUCGGAAUUUGACCAAGUCUUGUUGGAAGAUAGGAGGACUAACAGAUUGGAAGAAUCUAAAAACAUAUUUGAUACAAUUGUGAAUAAUAUGAUAUUCUGUGGAGUGUCUAUUAUUUUAUUUCUGAACAAAACGGAUUUGCUCGAUAAAAAAGUGAGGUCACAAGAUACAAAUGUCCGUUUGUACUUUCCACAAUUCACGGGCGAUCCACAUUCCAUGAAGGACGUGCAAAAUUUUAUCCUUGAUAUGUUUGUGUCGGUCAAGAGGGAUCCAAGAAAGCCAUUGUUUCAUCACUUUACUACUGCAGUAGACACGGAGAAUAUUAAGGUUGUCUUCAAUGCUGUAAAGGAUACUAUUCUACAUCGGAACUUAGAGUCACUGAUGCUUCAAUAAUGAUGUAGAAACAAAGGAAUUAAAUACAUACAAAGCAGCUAGUAAAACAAAGGUAUGCGGUAAAAAUUUAAUAUUUAAUAUGUAUCAUUAAUCCAAUCUGUAGUUUUCGAGAAAUAUAUUGCAAUACACAGACUAGGUCAAAAAACGUUUUGAUAAGACAAUAUAUUAUAUAUGAGUAUGAAUUGUAUGUUUAUCUACAUAUAUAUAAAUAUGUUUAUAGUAAAAAAGAGAAAACUGCCUGAUAUAAAGAUAUAUAUAUAUAUAUAUAUAUAUAUAUAUAUAUAUAUAUGUAUAUGU